AUGGAUCGGAAUCUUGCGCGCGCCGUGAGGGAGAAGAAACCGGUCCCUGAGAUCGAUUUCUCCCUACACCAGAUGGAGGAUGGUUCUCAAGUGUCCACACUGGAACGAGUCGUUAAAGAGGUCCAAGCGCCGGCCCUGAGCACCCCUCCCGAUGACAUGUUCUGGUCUCCCGACGACCCUUCCAAGCCUAACCUUUCUUACCUGAAGCAGCAUCUGUAUCGCGAAGGUCGUUUGACCGAGGACCAGGCGCUAUGGAUUAUCCACGCGGGUACAGAGAUCCUGCGCUCCGAACCCAACUUGUUGGAAAUGGAUGCCCCAAUCACUGUCUGCGGUGAUGUGCACGGACAAUACUAUGAUUUGAUGAAACUGUUUGAAGUCGGUGGUGACCCGUCAGAGACGAGAUAUCUGUUCUUGGGUGACUACGUUGAUCGCGGUUAUUUCAGUAUCGAGUGUGUACUGUACCUCUGGGCGUUGAAGAUCUGGUAUCCGGAUUCCCUUUGGUUGCUGCGCGGUAACCACGAAUGUCGCCAUUUGACGGACUACUUUACCUUCAAGCUUGAGUGCAAGCACAAGUACAGUGAACGGAUUUACGAGGCCUGUAUCGAAUCCUUCUGCUCUCUGCCGCUGGCGGCGGUUAUGAACAAGCAGUUCCUUUGCAUUCACGGUGGUCUCAGCCCGGAGCUGCACACCCUCGAAGACAUUAAAGCCAUUGAUCGAUUCCGCGAGCCCCCUACUCACGGUCUUAUGUGCGAUAUCCUUUGGGCUGAUCCAUUGGAAGAAUUUGGCCAAGAAAAAACGGGCGAUUUCUUCAUCCACAACAGUGUUCGUGGCUGCUCUUAUUUCUUCUCCUACCCCGCCGCUUGCGCCUUCUUGGAGAAGAAUAACCUGCUUUCUAUUAUCCGUGCACACGAAGCUCAGGAUGCCGGCUACCGCAUGUACAGGAAGACGCGAACUACUGGAUUCCCAAGUGUGAUGACCAUUUUCAGUGCUCCGAACUACCUUGACGUCUACAACAACAAGGCAGCUGUUCUCAAGUACGAAAACAACGUCAUGAACAUUCGUCAGUUUAACUGCACACCUCACCCUUACUGGCUUCCCAACUUCAUGGAUGUUUUCACCUGGUCCUUACCGUUCGUUGGUGAGAAGAUCACGGACAUGCUGAUCGCAAUUCUCAACACCUGCUCAAAGGAGGAAUUGGAAGAAGAUGACACACCCGUUUCAGAGAGUAUCCCCGAGACCAUCUCGGAGUCGGCGGAGUCGGGACCUGUUUCGCCACCCCUGCCAGUGGAUACCGAGUCCAGCGAGUACAGACGACGUGCCAUCAAGAACAAGAUUUUGGCCAUUGGUCGCCUUUCUCGUGUCUUCCAGGUUCUGCGUGAACAAUCUGAGAGUGUUUCGGAGCUCAAGACGGCGGCUGGCGGUCGUCUUCCGGCCGGUACACUCAUGUUGGGUGCUGAAGGUAUUAAGCAGGCCAUUCAUAACUUCGAGGAUGCCCGCAAGGUUGAUUUGCAGAAUGAGCGUCUGCCACCUAGCCAGGAGGAGGUUAUGAAAACUACCGAGGAGAACCGCCGAGCCGCGAUGGAGCGUGCUGAGCAGGAGGCUGCUAACGACAAAGGGCUGGCAACCGUUGCCCGCCGAAUCAGCAUGUCUGCUGGUUCUGGCCGCAACCGUCGCCAACGCGAUAGUCAACCCAAGGAGGCUUAG